CGGCGUUGCUGACGAAAUGGCUCUCUCCAAACCACCCUUCUUCACCCACCUCAAAAUCUUUUCAAAACCUCACCACUCUCCACCAUCUCUGUUCCUCCCGUGUCGCUCUCUUUCCUUUGCCACCCCCGAAGAAGCCGCGGCCGAGCGUCGCCGGCGCAAGCGCCGCCUCCGAAUUGAACCCCCUCUAAAUUCCCUCCGACACUCACAGCCUCAACUGCGUCCCAUAAACCCUAAACCUAACCCCAAUGCGCCCAAACUCCCAGAGUCCGUCUCAGUCCUCACAGGCAACCGACUCAACCUCCACAACCGAAUCCUCACCCUCAUCCGCCAGAACGACCUCGAUGAGGCCGCACUCCUCACUCGCCACUCCAUUUACUCCAAUUGCAGGCCCACUAUCUUCACUUGUAACGCUGUCAUGGCCGCUCUCCUCCGCCAAUAUCGAUACUCUGAUCUUCUCUCCCUUCAUCGAUUCAUCACUCAAGCGGGUGUUGCCGCUAACGUUGUCACUCACAAUCUCCUCAUUAAUGCCUACUGUGAUUGUAGGAAAACCGACACCGCUCUCGAACAUUAUAAGCAGCUUAUAAAUGAUGCGCCCUUCAAUCCUUCCCCGACUACGUAUCGCAUUCUUGUGAAGGGGUGUUCUUCGACCAGAUGAUGGAGAAGUUGAAGGUAGAUUCAGCUAACUACGAGGUGAUGCUGAAGGCGUUGGGUGAAGCGGGUAAGCUGGAUGAUGUGCUGAAGUUGGUUGCGGACAUGUUGAAAGAUGAGAAUGUGGGAUUGAGUCCAGAGUUGCAAGAGGUUGUGGCGGGUGAACUGAGGAAAGGGGGAAGAGAGGAGGAAUUGGUGAAGUUGUUGGAGGAGAAGGAGAGGGAGAAGGCAGAGGCUCUUGCUAAGGAAGCGGAAGCAGCAGCAGCCAAUGCCAGUGC